AUGGCCGGUUACAAGCUGGUGUACUUCAAUGGCCGAGGUAGGGCGGAAACAACUCGACUAUUGUUUGCUCUCUCCGAAAUCGAAUACGAAGACGUCAGGAUCAGUAUAGAACAGUGGCCUGCUCUCAAACCGAAAACGUUCGCGGGCUACCUACCUUUCUUGGAAGUGGAUGGGCAGGUGUUGGUGGAGAGUAUGGCCAUCGCAAGAUUUGUGGCCAGGGAGGGCAAUCUGGCGGGGGCUUGCAGUUUCGAACAGGCACAGAUCGAUUCCAUUCUUGAUAUUCUCACCAACGUUUUCGAAAAAGGUGUCCAAAUGGUCAUCUACGCUGAACCAGAUGACAAGGCAAAAUUACGCAGAGAACUUGUAGAGAAAACAUUCCCCUACGUGUUGAAACUUCUAGAGAAGUUUUUGCAGGAACACCAAUAUUUCGUCAACGAUAAGUUAUCCCUGGCAGACUUACAUUUUUUCUCCGUGUUUGAGAGUGCUACCCCGGUGUACGACGGCUGGCCCGAUCUCAGCCCCAAAUUGAAGGCCCUCUACGAUAGGGUGGCCGCGACACCCAGAAUUUCUGAAUACCUGAAGAAGAGACCAGCGACACUCUUCUGA